AUGUGGACGGAGAUGGGACAGAUCGUUACUCGGGCAUCGAAUGAUCCCGGGGUGAGAGUGAUUGUACUGAGCAGUACUACUGACAAGACUUUCACUGGCGGGCUGGAUUUGACGGAUGGCGGAGCACUAAGCGAUCCGCGAUACUCUGACCCCGCUCGGAAAGCUUUCGCGCUGCAUGAGCACGUCAUCGACUUCCAAAAUGCCAUCUCCACACUAGCGAACUGUCGUCCUCCCGUCAUCGCCGCCCUACAUGGCGCCGCAUUGGGCCUGGCGAUUGAUAUAGCCAGCGCGUGUGAUAUCCGCUUAGCAGCGGAGAACUCCAGCUUCGGUAUAGUGGAGAUCAACGUCGGCCUGGCAGCGGAUAUCGGGACACUCCAGCGGUUCCCCAAGAUUGUCGGGAACGACUCGAUAGCUCGAGAGCUGGCCUUGACUGGUCGGAAAUUUGGGGCGGCGGAGGCAAAGGAGAUGGGGUUCGUUAGUCGGGUCGUCAAGGGCGGGAGAGGAGAGGUCGUCGCUUCCGCAUUGGAGAUGGCCAAACUCAUUGCCGAGAAGAGCCCGGUGGCUGCUGUCUCGACCAAGCACCUGAUGAACCAUGCCAGAGAUCACACCGUUCGGGAUGGACUGGAGUACACAGCAGCUUGGAACAUGUAA